GAAGCUGAUCCUCCGACAUGUCUUCUUAACUCUAAAAGAGGCAACUCGGAAGCAAAGAGAGAUCGAGAAACCUGAAAGGUGGGUACAAUUUCCAUCCCCAGGCGCCAAACAUUCAAAAAUCAAAAUCCCACCCACUGUUUCCCCCAAACCCACUUUUAAAAUAUAUAUUUAUAUAUAGCACUCAGUUUUCUCCAAACCCACUUCCCUCUCUUUGCAAGUCUGUUUUUUUGUUUUUUUUUUUUACUGGGUUUGUGAUGGUGGGUGCUAGAAAGAGGCCGAGACGGGAGGAUGAGCAGGAAGAAUCUGCUUCUGAAGCAGUUGAACCUGUGGAGAAGGAGGUGAACUCUGCUCCAAGUAUAGGCAGAGAGGAAGAUGGUAAGGGUGAGGAGGUUCCGGCGAAGAAGAAGCGUGGGAGGAAGAAGAAGAAGAAGAAUUUGUCUGCCCAGAAGGGUAGAGGUGCUGAAAAGAAGGAAGAAGUUGAGGAAAAUAGUGGGUUCCAGUUGGAGCAAGGAAUUGUUGGUGAUUCAGAUAAAGAGAUGAUUGUGAAGAAGCCAAUGAAGAAGCGUGGCAGAGUUGGAGCUGCGAAGAAGGAUACCGAAGAUGCGGUUGUGGGAAACGAGAAGGAUAGCAAUGGUGCAAAGUUGGAAGUUUCUUCUGGAAGGAGCACUGGGACUCAGAGGGUUUAUUCCUUGAGGGCUAAAAACCUUCCUAUUCCAAAACAAGAGACUGCCAAGAUAAAUAAGCAUGAUCCUAAAUGGAUUGAAGAGGUGUCCUUGAUGUGCCACCAAUGUCAGAGGAAUGAUAAAGGCCGGGUUGUUCGGUGCAAGCUUUGCAAGAGGAAACGAUAUUGUAUCCCCUGCUUGAAUACAUGGUAUCCUAAUACAGCGGAAGAUUCUAUUGCUGAAGCGUGUCCAUUUUGCCGUGAAAAUUGCAAUUGCAAAGCAUGCUUGCGGUUGGACACUCCUAUUAAAAAUUUGAACUUAGAAUUGAUUGUCAGUGUAGACGAGCAGUUUGAGCACCAUAAGUAUGUGCUUCAAACACUUCUUCCAUUUCUGAAACGACUUAAUGAAGAACACAUGAUUGAGAAGAAAAUGGAGGCUAAAAGACAAGGGUUAUCACUUCCAGAGUUAAAGGUAAAACAAGCAGAUUGCAGUAUUGACGAGCGUAUGUACUGUGACCACUGCAAAACUUCUAUUUUUGAUUUUCACAGAAGCUGUCCUAGAUGUUCGUUUGAUCUUUGCCUUACCUGUUGCCGGGAGAUUCAUGACAGAAACCUGCAGGGAGGCGAGGAGGAAGUGAUUUUGCAGUAUAUUGAUCGGGGACUUGACUAUUUGUAUGGUGGAAAUGGAAAAGAAGUGAAAUUACCUUCUGAGACUAGCCCUAUUCAUAUAAAGUCCAAAUCUGGGUGGGAAGCAAAAGAAGAUGGUAGCAUUCCUUGCCCCCCAGAAGACAGGGGUGGUUGUGGUCAUGGUAUUCUAGAAUUGAGAUGUAUGUUCUCAGAAGAUCUGGUUGCAGGAUUAGUGCGAAAAGCAGAAGAAAUAGCCAGAACUUAUAAACUUAUGGAUGGGGCUGCAACUCCUUUACAGCGUUGUUUGUGUUUCAACUCGGUGGGUGAAGUUGACUUAAGCAAUGAUAAGUUAAGGAAAGCUGCUUCUCGAGAAGAUUCUGAUGACAACUAUUUGUAUUGCCCGAGGGCCCAAGAUAUACAACAUGGGGAUUUGAAGCAUUUCCAGUGGCAUUGGAGCAGAGCUGAGCCUGUGGUUGUGAGCAAUGUGCUUGAAUCUGCAUCUGGUUUAAGCUGGGAACCACUGGUCAUGUGGCGUGCAUUCCGCCAGAUUGAAAAUACCAAGCAUAAAAGGGAGUUGGAAGUUAAGGCUAUUGAGUGCUUGGAUUGCUGUGAGGGCAUUAUCAAUAUCCAUGAGUUCUUUACUGGCUAUACACAUGGUCGGGUUCAUAGUUGUAAAUGGCCCCAGAUACUGAAACUGAAAGAUUGGCCUCCAUCUACUUUAUUUGAGGAACGCUUGCCGCGUCAUAAUGCUGAGUUUAUCUGUUGCUUGCCCUUUAAGGAAUAUACACAUCCACAUAACGGCCUUUUAAACAUUGCUGUCAACUUGCCCAAGAAUUCUCUAAAGCCAGAUAUGGGUCCCAAGACUUAUAUUGCUUAUGGAGUUGCUCAGGAGCUUGGCCGUGGAGACUCUGUCACUAAGCUUCAUUGUGACAUGUCUGAUGCAGUAAAUGUUUUGACACAUACUGCUGAAGUGCCCCUUAAACCUGAUACGCUUAAGAGUAUAGAGAAGAUAAAAAAGAAGCACUUUGAGCAAGACCAGAAAGAAAUAUUUGAGGAUUUUCAGGCUUUGGAUGGAAACACCAAGGAUAACAUUUCUUCUGGUGGGUCUUGUACAGUUACUGCCAAUGAUAAUGGCUUUAGUGUUGGAUUUGGGGAUCAAAACACGUGUGUAACUGUUAAAGAACUGGCUGAUCCUAUUGUUGGACUUGAUGGUGAUUCAACAAUGAACGGGAAAGACUUUUCAAGGGGAUCAGAGCUGGAAAAGACUAAGGAGCCAAAAGUGGAUAAAGUUAACAAUGGUGGGAGUGGUCCUACAGUUUCUGGAAACAAGUUGGAAGCUUUAGAAGCUUCUGAGGGUGGUGCUCUCUGGGACAUUUUCCGGAGAGAAGAUGUUCCUAAGCUGCAGGAAUAUCUUAAGAAGCACUUUAGGGAGUUCAGGCACAUCCAUUGUUGUCCAUUGCAGCAGGUUGUUCACCCUAUACACGAUCAAACCUUUUAUCUGACUGUGGAGCACAAAAGAAAGCUCAAGGAGGAAUAUGGAAUUGAACCAUGGACAUUUGUCCAAAAUCUUGGAGAUGCUGUCUUCAUUCCUGCUGGCUGUCCUCAUCAAGUAAGAAACUUAAAGGUGAGAAUGAGAUGCAACCAGCAAGCUUUGAUUUCGUGUUUAUAGGUUUAGCACAACGUGAUAUAGAACUUUAUGCGGUUGUUCGGCCAUACUUAGCACAACAUGAAUUCAUUCUUUAUUCUGAUCAUGAGGCCCUGAAAUACAUUAAAGGGCAGUCCAAGCUAAACUUGAAGCACGCCAGCUGGGCAGCUAUGUUGAGCAAUUCAAUUACACAUUAAAACAUAAGGCUGGAAUUCACAACAAAGUUGUUGAUGCACUGAGUCGUAGAGCUUCUCUUUUAUCCACCAUGCAUGUGGAAAUCAAGGGAUUUGAUGUGUUUAAAGAAAUUUAUCAGAAAGACUCUUAUUUUGGUCCUAUUCUGAAGCAAACCAUGGCUGAACAGCAAGCCGGUUAUACUCUACAAGGUGGCUUCCUUUUCAAAGAAAACCAGCUAUGCAUCCCGGAGUGUUCAUUGCGUGAGAAGAUUGUCAAAGAACUACAUGAAGGAGGGUAUUUUGGUCGUGAUAAAACAAUGGCAUUGAUAAGUUCAUCUUAUUGGUGGCCUAAACCGAAAGGAGAUGUUACAAGAUUUGUUGUUGCCAUGUGUGUCAAAGAUCUGGCCAAUAUGUUCUUUAAAGAGGUGGUUAGUUUGCAUGGUAUUCCUUUCACCAUCACCUCAUAUCGUGAUCCAAAAUUUAUGAGCCAUUUUUGGAGGACAUUAUGGAGGUUGAUUGAAAUUGAGUUGUGCGUUAGUAGCUCAUAUCAUCCGCAAUCAAAUGGGGAAAUUGAAGUUUUUAAUUGUAGUUUGGGAAAUGUGUUAUGCUUUCUUGCGGGGCAAGCCUAAAGAGUGGGAUUUAGUAUUACCACAUGCUGUAUUUGCAUUCAAUCGGUCUCAAAAUCAAACAACUAAAUGCAGGCCCGUUUGAGAUUGUCUGUGGUCAGAAUCCAAAUAGUGUUCUAGACCUGGCUCCCAUUCCAAAAUCCAAGUAAAGUGAACAAGAGAGCUGAGGAGAUGGCUGAUUAUCAAGUCCAUUCAUGAAGAAGUGAGGAAAAAGAUUGAAGAUAGCAAUUUGAGAUACAAAACAACAGCAGGUCAACAUCGCAGAAAGGUUAUCUUCAAAGUGGGGGAUAAGGUUUGGGUAGUUCUUACAAAGAAAAGGUUUCCUAUUGGUGUUAUUAAGCUAAGAGAUAGGAAAGAGGGGCUUCUUUCGUUGCUUUCUUGUGGACAUCAGCUCUUGAUAGAAUUCUCACGUUGGAUACUCUUAGAAAGAGGGGCUUCUCUUUAGCUAAUUGGUGUUGCCUGUGUAAAAAGAAUGAGGAGACGACUAAUCACCUUCUCAUCCACUGCGAGUAUACUUCGGCUCUCUGGCAAUUGAUCCUUAAUCUUUUUGGAGUCUCGUGGGUUAUGCCUAACAACAUCCAAGAACUUCUUCAUUGCUGGAAAGUUCAAGGGAGGGGACAUCUCAAAGAGGCUAUCUGGAAAGUUACUCCUGCCCUUUUAAUGUAGAGCAUUUGGAGAGAAGAAUUGUCGUAUUUUCGAGAAUAGUGAGACUAAUAUGCUCUUUCUAAAAUCUUCCUAUUUCGGAUCUCUCUUGGGUUGGGUUCUUGUUAUGUUCCUAACUUUGUCUCUACAAAUCUGGUUGAUUUGAUCAGUUUUUUACAUUGUAACAGCUUAUAGGGUUGAGUCCAUAUUGUAUACGCUUCGUG